AACCGUAGACAAGUGAACAAGUAAAAGCGCGCGCCAAGCCACUACCUUCUGGAGGUGUGUAAAUAUAAUUUCACAACGUCGCUCAAUAGUUUGGAGUGCCAGUUAUAGAACAGAUAACAGUUUUAUCAAAGUGAAAACAGAAUCAAGUGCAAAGCAAAUAAUCCACGGCCAGUAGUUGGGUGUGAAAAGAAACCUUUUAAAGGUUGAACCUGGAUCCAUACAACAGCAAUUGCAGCUACGAAAAAUUGAAAAUGGUGGUCGCUAGUAAACCUACACCAAUCAUGUCCAAGGUCGGAUUCAAAACAGUGGGAAUCGGCGCCAAUGUCCGCUCGACGUUGGUGGCCGCUUCCGCCGACAAUCGAGUCGUGGUCGGAAUGACCAGCUCUAUCCGUAGUCUCAUGGAGGAACCAAAUAAGUUCGUGUUCUGCUUCAUGGUUGCACCGAAGCUGAACGACAGUGGUGCUCACAUGCAGGAGGUUUUGCUGGAGGCAUUCUGUUUCGAGAAUGACAUUUACAUAAUAAAGGUUGACAGUGCGGAAAAACUCAGUCGGUUACUCGGAUCGUCCUGUCUGGAGUCCUGUGCGUUAAUCAAGAAAUGCUGCUCCGGCGGUGAGGAAUGCUUCUCUCGCAGUGAAAACAUCCUGAUUGACUAUUGCGAAUUCUACUGGGAUGUGCCGUCGAAACCGGUUAUCAAACUACCGGAAAAAUGAACACAGAUGUAAUUUAUUUGAACAGUGGCACGCUCAUGAUUGAGCGAAGAACAAAGAGUAAAUAAGAUAUCGUGUACCAUACGAGUUCGGAAAACAAUGGACAUUAUUAGUUGGUAACGAGCCGAUUGCGUGAUGGACUAUAGUGACGGAAGUGCUCGGCAAAAUAGUGCAAAGAUUAUGCCGGGCUACCGAUGUUCAGUGAAUGACAGUGUUUUACCGCGGAGAAUCGACCAUAUUUAGGCACUCGAAGUGCAAAGUAAUUAAGAUAUCGAUAAUAUGCUAUUAUCUUUAGUGUAAUGAUUCUGAAGGUUUUGAUACACUGUCAGUUUAUUCACUGGUCAACUGAGCUAAUUAGUCCUCAACACUACGUUUAAACAUCUUAUACGGUUUUACGUAUGAGUUUUAAUCCUUUAAGCCGUGUUAGGAGUUUCAAAUAGGAAGUGUUCAUACAAAUGAGCCAUUUGUAUCUCUAAACCGGCCUUCAUAUUGAUCAAAUGGUGGAAACGGAAUAGGGUCAUAUAUUUUGUGUACAAAUCUAAUUACCUUAGCGACAAUUGUGACGGGUUAUCCCUCGGUUGAUGAAAUAAAGAAGAACUUUAUGUAACA